AUGCAGUGCUGCACUGCUUUUCAAGCUUUCUUUGUCGAGGCAGCUCGCAGAGUUGUUCGAAUCGUGGCGCGAGAAGCCCGACACCGUGAUCAGGAUGUUGGAAAGCUGUGUCUGGCUGCCGAUGUGCGCCGUGUGGGAACGCUCGAUCUCAAGCAGCUAAGCUCCGUGCUUUCGGCGCUGUGUCCUCAGAUCCUUGCGGAGGCAGACAUUGGGCUGCUGUUCUGGCGGUUCUCUGGAAGCGGCGGCUUUUCGUACGACCAGCUCCAGGCUGAUCUGCGUGCAGAGCAGUCGGCUGCAGCAGAGCAUCUUCUGUUGCGGGGUAUGCCAGCGACGGCGUUGAUUCGACAAAGCGCUUCCUUCGAGGCUGCUGCUAGACUCCAGGACAACACGCGUUCUGGGCAGCUCUCUGCCCCUCAGUUGCGAGCAGCCCUUUCACAGCUGGACCUGGGAUUGGGUUCGAGCAUGUCUGAGUUGGAAGACUUUGCUCAGCUCCUGGCCACUGCCACCAAGAGAAAGGUUGACAAGUUUGACUAUGUCUCCCUAGUCCCCGGCGGCACGUGGAAGGGUCCCACAAUGGAGGAGGCGGUUGCCAAUGUCUGUCGCAAGAACACUUCAAGCGCGUCAAAGCCGAGUGCAGACAAGAGGCACUUACUUGCCAUCCUCUUCUACAAGACGGCGGAAGCAUCCAAGAAGCUUGGCCUGUCAGCUCAACGAGCUUUUGAAGGAUUGGAUCGGGGCAGCAAGGGGUUCCUCAACGCAGAGGAUUUGCGCCUAGCUGUGCUCCAGAUAGUGGGGGGUGAUCAGAGUCUCACUCUGAAGGACCUGGGUCUUGCGCCUUCGACCAGGCUGAGCCCACCAGACUUUGAGAAGCGCUUAAACUUCGACUUCAGUGUGCUCACGAAGCACAUGGGCGAGGCACAGCGGAGCAGCAGAGACAGCAUGGCCACCGCAGUCGCAGAGAGGAUCAGCGGCAGCAUGUUUCGCGAGUUGCAAGCUGGUUCUCCAGCCCGACUGGCUGGCCGCUGCUCCCGUGACCACACCCAGCAGAUCAUCUUGAACUGCUCAGAUGGUGCGAACGUGGCGGUGGUGACGGCCUCUCCAGCCAUGGAGUUGGGACCCGGCUUCGUCGAGUUGGUUGGCACUAAAGGCACAGGAAACGAGUUCUGUGUGACAGGAGUCUCCAAAUUCCAAAACGAUGAUGUGGACCUCGACCUCUGGAACCAGGCCCUGCAGCUGACCCAUGCCCCUCAGCUCCGGCACCUCUUCCAGCCCUCACAGUAUCAAAGCGGGCCGCCUCCGGCGCACGGAGGUGGGUCAGACUUUGUGAGCCGACUAAACCAAGCUGCUGGCCUCGACAAGGCUGCUGUCUUGCCCGGCGGCGUCCUACGACUUCAAGGCAUGAAUGUACGUGCAGAGCUGAUGAAGGAUGCUGAGGAUGCGGAUCAACUUGCUCGACUUGUGGCUGAGGCACCAGCUAGUGAAAUGGCUGGCACCGUGCAGUCACAUGCACUUCCUUGCAGGCAUCCGCCAAGUAUCCAGCACCUGGACCACAAGAGGCAGCUGGCUUACUUACCGCGCACCACGUUCUUAUUGUGGUGCAAGGAAGGCUUGACCAGUCAGGCCAUCGCAGGCUCGCAGGGCAAGACAGAACCAGAAGCUCCAGUGCGCGUGGGUGCUGAGACUCUCCUGAUAUGUGCUGAAAGCGAGAAAGUCGUGGAGCAUGUGCUGGAGGUUACCUUCAAGUCCGUGACAGGGUUCGGCAAAGCAGCGGAAGUGUUCAUCAGAUACUGCUGUCAUGGCAGCAACUGUGUUGCUGAUGCACCAGCCGCAGCGCAGAUGGACUUCAGCGCCACGCAUGUUUUCGGCCUGAGCAGUUCUGAUGCGUUGGCCAAGCUUUUCGAGGGACGGGAUCAUGCCUUCACAAUCCAGGCCUGGAUUGCAGUAACGAAGGAUGAGCUUCGACGACCUCUUGCUGCAGCAGUGCUCCCAGCCGCCGAGUUGCGGUCAUUUCUGGAGUCGUCGAUCCUGGAGAGACCACGGCCAGAGGCUGUCCUUGGCUCCCAGCGCAAGUGGUCUUUGUCUUUCGCUCCUGUGCCCAUCACAGAUCCUAAGCUGAAGAAGCCACCGCCAGAUUGCGUCAGGGGGGCUGUGGAGCUGGUAGUCCACUACAGCCGUCGCCCAAACUCGGAUCCUCAGCGCCUGGCGCUACCCUGGAACUCCUCUUUUGCUGGCCGACUGGUGGUUUGCCGAAAGGGGACUGCAAGCGCGACAUGCGAUGAUCCUGCAGAGGCGCCCGGGGGGCUUGCACCACGAGAGGAGGUACCGAAGCCGCUGCCACCACCAGGCUCUGUGGUCAUCAAGAUUACUAUUGCGGGGCUUCUGCUGCAAGCAGAUGCUCUUCGUGGCUUGGUGGCUAGGUGUCUUCAAGGCCAGCUGCUGGCUGCUCCAGGUUCUGUAGGUGGUCUGGCCAGCAAGGCACCGAAAUUCUUCAUUCGCCUCUGCCUGUUUCCUGGGAAGCCUGUUAUGCAAGUCGGGGGCUGCAGCGGCUGGGUAGAAAGUGGGGCGAAGCCUGUUCCCGACAGUUUGCUUACUCCUGCAAGCGGACGAAGCGAAGACGGAGUGCAAAUCAAGUUCGACUUUUCCUGGAGCUCGCCAGCUUUGGAGGCGGGCCAAGCUGUCCAGGCACUCCAAGAUGGAGUUCUAGCUUUGGAGAUCUGGAUCAGACAUCCCGCAGCCGAUCUUCGCUUGGCCGAGAAAACGGUUCCUCUCCAAGCACUCUUGGAAGCUGUCUCACCCGAGGAUGCUGGUGAGCUUCGCAUGAGAACUCUUCAGCCCGCGAAGGUGGACUUGGCUGCAGCUUUCGAGCGCGAUGGCAAGCCAUUGGCCCAAGCUUUGGCGGGCUCAGUGGCAGAAUUGCAGUUGCCAAACGGUCCUGGGACACUUUCCUGGCUUGUAGAGAAGCCAAAGCCCAAGCCAAAGGAGCCACCAGCACCAUUGCGUGCCGAAUACCAGAUUUUCCUUCGUGAGGUCUUGCUUUCUGGGGAUUUCGUGCACCAUCUGGCAGGAGAGACUGCAGUUUCCCCCGAUGAGAGAGGUCGAAGGAACGCGGAGAGGUGGACGGGUCGCUUCUGCCGCACGUGCGGCACCAUGCUUGCUGCAGACGCGCUGUACUGCAGAAGGUGUGGCCGCAGAAGUGAGGAUGGGUUGGAUAAGGAGUGGACGCAGCAAGCUGGUCGGUCAAGGGAGUUGCCCCUCUUCUAUCUGGAAGUGGCUGAAGGUCAUGUAUCUUCCUGGCCGAGCUCCUCUAGCAACCGAUUCCGGUCUGCGCCUGUUCGUGGUGUACUCGAUGGCCACGGCUGGGUCCGAGUUAAUCCUGGAGAAGAUGCUUCGCUGUCGCUGCCGGGGCGGUACAUACUUGGGGGAGGCUCGGGGGAAGCUGGCAAGAACAUGGAUGCGCUUCUGCUUACUGGGGACAAGCACAAGCUGGGGCUCCGUGUUCUCCAGCUCAGCUCUUCUGCUGAUGGCCGGCGCGACAAGCAGGCAGCUGCUCAAGCAGAUGUCUUGCUCCCGCUUGGGAGAGAAGUGGAAGGCGUUCCAGCCAUGUAUUUUGGAGGCUAUGUCUGGGUGCCACUGCUUCAUGUGGCACCAGAGAACCCUUGCACUCGAGUGGUCGGACGAGCCCUAUUGUGCAUUGAAUCUCAGCGGCCCAAUGUAUCCAAAGAGCUGCGUCUUACAAGGCAGGUUCCUUUGGCGCCCAUAGCCCUUUUCCUGCCAAUCUACAAGGACUGGGAGGCGCCUCGAAAUCCCACCUGCCCAGUUCCCAGUCCAGGCGCCUGGCCACUGGAGUCAGCAGUUCGUGCACUUGCAGGAGAUGACCUCUGGAAACGCCUUACGGAGGCUCAGGUCAAGCCCGGCAUUAUCUCAUCUGGAGCCUUUCAGACUGCAGUGCAGACAGCAGCGGAGGGUUCGACAUCGGUGCUCCUCCGGGCUACCACAUCAACUGCCAGCGACAUGCACGAAACUGGUGAGUCCACAGCGCAGGAAGACUUGCGCUUCCUUGUGGCAAGACUGGCACCCAUGAUGGCAAAUCCGGACCAGAUG